AUGAAGAUCCCACCACGGUCGGCGAUCGUCAACGAAGAAGUGCCUGCUCACAACAAUGGCGAAUCAACCUCAUCGGGAGCGGGCGCCAACGACCAGAAUUCAGAGGCUGUUUGUGUACGAUUUUUCCCACGCAAGGGAAACACCUCCCUCGGUAGAACCUAUGCAUGCCUUCAAACGCCAGGCCUCAUGGCUCUCAAUUUCUGCUCGGCGGUGGGAAUCGUGGCGGCCAACAAGGCGCUGUUUCGCCACACGGAGGGAUUGGGCUUCGCCACGUCGCUAACGGGAAUCCACUUCUUGGCCACAGCCGUCGGAGUGCGGGCGUGCCGUCUUUGCGACAUAUACAAAGUCAAGCCCCUCAAGCAGACCCAGGUGCUGCCGAUCACGCUGGCUUUCUGUGCUUUCGUGGCCUUCAACAACCUCAGCCUCCAGUACAACGACGUUUCCUUUUACCAGCUCAUGAAGAUUCUCACGACACCCGCCGUCGUCGUACUCCAGCUGGUUCUUUUCAAGGUGGUUUUGCCCUUCAAGCUGUUGGUCACUCUCGUGCCCAUCUGCGGGGGGGUGGCUCUGGCGACAGCCAACGACACGGAGGUUUCCGCGGAGGGGGCGUCUUGGGCGUUGGCGGGACUGUUGGCUGCGGCCGGGUACCAGAUCUUGGUCAAAAGCACCCAGGACAACCUGCAGCUUCUUCACCACCAAGCCCCACAAGCUGCGGUUUUGAUCCUGAUGGUGGCGCCGUUUUUCGACGACACGGGGGAGCUCGUUGCGAUGAUGAUUCGAACCUUCUCAGCGGUAGAACCCCCGCUUUGGCUUCAUUCUACUCCUGCGAACGGGAGCGGGACAACGGCAGGGUCGGGACAGACGGCGGGAGCAGGGGUGUUUUGGGUGGGGAUGGUGUUCCUGUCGUGUCUGUUGGCGUUCCUGGUCAACCUGAGCACCUUCCUCGUCAUCGGAAGGACUUCCCCCGUCUCGUACCAGGUUCUCGGCCACUUCAAGCUUGUGGUCAUUCUGCUGGUGGGAGUGGUAGGGUUCGGGGAGCAGUCCAGCUCCGCACGCCUCUCCGGCAUGGCCCUCGCCCUCGCGGGCAUCGUAGGUUACACCACGCUCAAGCAGGGCCUCGGCAGCGGCUGGGAAGGACACAGCAGCGGUAGCAGGGAUGAACCCAGGCCACCAAUGGGGGACAAAUCGAGCAAACAUUGGUGGCGGGCGAGCUGGGCCCGCGUACACGUUGACGUCGCACGAAAAGGGACAGCUGUAGGAAGGGGUUGA